ACGAUGAAGAAGUGGCUUUUGGGGUGGGAGCGACAAAAUAGACCGGCGAGGUGGAAGCCGUCAAGCGUUCCUGGUCAUGAGGCAGCCCGUUCCUUUCCAAAAGAGAAGAUUAGUCACCUAGCGCUUACAAAUGACUCGAACUCGGCGAGGUCUACGGCACGGAACAUGUGGACCGGGUGCCCGUACUAUACCUCGAGGUCUUCUAGGACGCGCUCUGUCGAAGAUGUGGGCAACAGGGAUAAGCAGGCCUUUUUGAUAGCCCACUACGUGCACCCCAUGUCCUCUACCACAGGAGAUGGACCCAUGUCUUCACGUCCUAUGAAUCAACAAUUUGAUGAACCAAACCUCUCGUCCGGAUUGAAUAUGCAACAUUCUGAAGUACCCUUACAUCAUGACGACGAAAAGGUCAAGAGUGGCGCUCCUUCUCCAUUUGGGUCCGGUGACGCUAUUGCCGAUCCGACAGUUGAGACCACCGCUGCUCCCACUGCCGAGCAACCAUUCCCUGAUGAACCACCUACGACGACCAACGAAACUCAUGGAAAGAAGAAUGCGUCUAGCGAUAACGAGAUGCCAAACAUCGAGACGACACCGGUGGAGGAUGACCCCCGCCAAUGGUCAGCUCGAAGAAAGCUUGUCAUACUCGGGAUCAUAUCGUUUGCAGCUUUGGCUCCAACAACUGGUGCCUUCAUUUACCAACCCGCCAUACAAGCCAUUGAAAAGGAUCUACAUGCCACCACUAGCGAGAUCGCUCUCAGUCUUUCCCUCUUCAUUUUGGUGCAGGGCAACGCUCCACUAAUAUGGUCGUCUCUAAGUGAAAUAAAAGGAAGAAAGUUCGUAUACAUUGCAUCCAUGUUGGUAUUUAUAGUCGGCUCCGCCAUCGGUGGUGCAUCCAAGCAUAUUGUUGUUCUUAUUUGCAUGCGAAUGCUACAAGCGGCUGGCUCAGCGGCGGUACUUGCUAUUGGUGCCGGAACCUUGGCUGAGCGCGGUACGAUGAUGGGUAUUUACUAUGCCGCCCCUCUCCUCGGUCCCUCUUUGGGUCCACUCCUCG